GUCAGCAUCUAAACAUCAUACGAUAUGCAAGAAACGGCAUUGCCUGCUUGGUUAACCAAGUCCUAUCUAGAGCCCAAGCUGAGAUCCUUUUACAAAGAUGACAAACUGCAGAUCCUUAAGCUCUGCUCAAACGCAGCAACAGCAAAGGGUGAGAACUAUGUUGGUGUAAUGACACGUGUCCAUGUUGAAUAUACAGAUGGAAAUGGUGAUCUGCAGAAGAAAACUUAUGUGCUAAAGGAGGCCUGUCCAACUGAUGCUCCACAGGCGAAACUCUUUGCCGAAUACAAUGUGUAUACACGUGAAAUGGAUAUGUAUGAGUUUGUGCUGCCAAGGAUGGCCGAACUACUUAAGGAAGUAGGUGUAACUGGGAAAUUGCAUGCGGAAGCUGUAUGCGUUGAUCGAGAACUGUGCAUAAUAUUACUUGAAGAUUUAUCGCCACUCAAGUACACCAAUACCGAUCGAAUCAAGCAAAUGGAUCUGGAGCACACAAAAAUUACACUGGAAAUGCUAGCUAAAUUUCAUGCAGCAGCAACAGUGCUGAAGCAACGUUAUCCUGAAGUCCUGGAAAGGAACUUCUACAGGAUU